AGCCGACCUGCAGAGACCAACAAUCAGGAUGGAAACGAGAAUGAUUUUUCCUUUGCUGCUCUUAGUCUGCUCUGUCUGUCCUGCUCAGCUUCAAACUGUCUCUGACAAGGACAUCGUUUCACCUGCAGCACAGGUAGGAGAAGCAGAACAUCUCUCUGGGACCCAGCAGACCUGCACCCAGGACAUCAACGCUGUCCUCAGAGAGAUGAGCGCCUGCUUGGCUGAACUAAGGGUGGAGGUGAGACAUCUGCAGAAAGAUAAUGAAGCUCAGGCAGAAGAAUUGAUGACAGUUAAAGCCAAGGUGGACAUCACUGAAAACCAGGUGGAGGCUCUGAAGAGAGAAGGAGAAGCUCAGGCAGCAGAACUGGUCACAGUUAAAGUCAAAGCCAACGUUACUGCAGACCAUGUGGAAGCUCUGCAGAGAGACGGAGAAGGGAAAAUAAAAGAACUGGAAUCACUGAACCAACGAUAUCAAGCACAAGAAUCACAGAUUAAAGUACUGCGUGAACAGAACCAAGCUCAGGUAGCAGAGCUGGUGACAGUUAAAGCCAAUGCAACAAUCACUGAAAACCAUGUAGAGGCUCUGAAGACGGAAAGAGAAGUGAAGCGACUGGCUUUCUCAGCAUCUUUGUUGGCUUCAGGUUCAGCAAACAUUGGACCGUUUAAUACACACAUAAUUCUGGUCUUCAGGCACAUUGUCACCAACAUCGGGAAUGCCUACAACCCAAACACAGGAAUGUUCACGGCCCCAGUGAAGGGAGUUUAUCACUUUGAGUUCCACACAUACGGACCUGGAAACCCUGAAAAGCCUACAACUGCUGCAUUAUUCAAGAAUGAACAGCAGAUCUUAGCCACCUAUGAAUUCCAGACCACUGAUGGCCACACCGCUUCUAAUAGCUGCACACUGCUCUUACAUGUUGGAGAUGUUAUAUUUCUACGUAUGUGGGCUAAUUCAAUAAUUCGAGACACUCCAAGUCAUCAUACAACUUUCAGUGGUCAUCUACUUUUCACCAUGUAGGCGUCUAACAGAACUUAAUCCAACAGGAUUUAAUCUAACAAGAUUUAAUGUAACAGGAUUUAAUUUAACAUGAUUGGUUUUAAUCCAGAUACAUGACAGAAACAAGCUGCCAUCUGAUAAAUUACAGCUAUCUAUGUGGAAAUGACUGGUAUUAGAAAACAACUGCACAAAUUGUUGUUUUUCAUGUAAAGUUGAUUGCAUUUUG